AAUCGAUGGCAAAACAACUUUUACCGGAUUGUUCGGUGUUUUAAAAACACCCACUCCGCAUUGUGAUAAGAUUAGAACGUAUUUAAAGAUACUGUACUAUUUUAUUUGCAAGUAAUUUGACCAAAAAUGGUGUUUUUAACAGCUGUUGCUCGAAAUUCUCGAUACAUUCAUAGCAAAACUUUGGAAAAUUUUUCCAAAGCUUUUGUACCAUGUGAGCCCGCACAACCUUUAAUGUGCAAGCCAGAUAGCCCUGCUAGUAAAGAAAUGUUAUGCGAGUUAAAUAAAGUACAGUAUGCAGGAGCUGUUCAAUUUUUCACCGAUUUGGAUAAAUCAAUGGGAAAUUACAUAGUAGAUGCUGAUGGUAACACAAUUUUGGAUUGUUACACACAAAUUGCUUCUAUGCCAUUAGGAUAUAAUUAUCCAAGUCUUUUCAAUGUCUUCAAAGAUGAAUCAAAAAUGAAAAUUCUUCUCAACAGAGUUGCUUUAGGUGUUUACCCACCGGUAAAUUGGCAUAAUUAUAUAAACAAUGUAUUAAUGAGUGUUGCUCCGAAAGGUUUAAAAAAUGUUCAAACGCAAAUGUGUGGAACUUGUGCUAACGAGCAAGCAUUUAAAAACAUAUUUAUUUGGCACGCAAAUCAAUCUAGAUCAGGUUCAAAAGGAUUUACUGAAGAAGAAUUAAAAACUUCAAUGUUAAAUAAACCACCUGGUUGUCCUCAAGUGGCGAUUUUAUCGUUUGAAGGUGGAUUUCAUGGAAGAACAACCGGUUCUUUAUCCGCAACGCGCACAAAACCAAUUCAUAAACUUGAUUUUCCAUUGUUAAGUCAUUGGCCGGCUGCUAAAUUUCCUCAAUACAAAUAUCCUUUAGAUGAACAUAAAUGUGAAAAUUUAGCUGAAGAUAAAAAGUGUUUGGCUCAAGUUGAAGAUAUUAUUGAGAAACAACGCAAAAAUGGAUGCCCUGUCGCUGGGGUAAUCAUUGAACCUAUUCAAUCGGAAGGUGGUGAUAACGAAGCUUCGCCUGAAUUCUUUAAAGAAUUACAAAAGAUUUGUAAAAAGAAUAAAAUUGCGUUCUUAAUUGAUGAGGUUCAAACCGGAUGUGGAGCAACUGGAAAAAUGUGGUGUCACGAAUGGUUUGAUUUACCUCUUCCCCCUGAUAUUGUUUGCUUUAGUAAAAAAAUGCAAUUUGGAGGGUAUUAUCACACUGAAGAAAUGCGUCCAGAUCAACCAUACAGAGUUUUCAAUACUUGGAUGGGGGAUCCUGCAAGACUUUUCAUUUUAGAAGAGGUUAUAAACGUAAUUCAAACAGAACGUUUGCUGGAUAGUGUCGAAGUGGUUGGAUGUUACACCAAAUGCGGAUUGAGUGAACUUUGUAAAGAAUUCCCAAAUAUUAUUAACUCGGCAAGAGGACGUGGAUUAUUAUUAGCGGUUAAUGCUAAAGAUACUAAAACUAGAGAUACUAUUUUAUCUAAAUUAAAAUCAAAAGGUGUUCUUGUUGGUGGUUGUGGAUCAUUAUCGGUUCGUCUACGUCCAGCUUUAAUAUUCCAAAAAAAUCACGCUGAUAUAUUUUUGGAUAAAUUUCGCGAGACUUUAUGCGAGAUGCGCUGUUAAAGAAAAUCUCGUUUUCCAUAAAAUUGCGUGGUAUUUGUUGUCGGACUUAGCUCUAAAAAGAAAUUGUUGUAACGUAAUCUGUCUUCCAAUCAAAUCCAUCCUAUAGUAAGCCAAAAAGAACAAUGGAUGUGAUUUCUCGUCUUCCAAUAUUUCUUAUACUCUAACUAUUUUGUCUUUGUAUGUUUUAAAUAUACACAUUUAAUCGAAGAGAAA